AGUUGUUCGAAGCGCGAAACCCAUAUUCCACGGCUCUCCACAUUACUGGAUUAAUCAGGGAUUAAUUAACUGAUUCAACCGGUGGAGGGAAAAAUAACGAGGAAGAGAAAGAAGAGGUCACGAGCUCUAUUGCCCCCCCUCUUUCACCUUUCUUUCACCGCAUGAUUGUGUACACCUCCAGUACGUUACUACCAAUAGCCUAGAAAAUACUGUGUCACGACACUUCUGGUCGUGGAGAGGAGUUUAAACGAGAUUUUUCGAUAUAAAUAUGAUGGCCUACAUGGGGUUCGAGCGUUGGCAUCGGGGCGGGCCGAUGUGACGGCUGACUGGAGGAACGAAUGAAAUAAAUAAAAAUAAAUAAAAAAAGAAAACGAAAACGAAAUAAACAGCGACAGAGAGACGGUGAAAAGAGGUGAAGAGAGAAGGCGAGAAUCGAUAAGACGAGAAUGGGGCAGGCGUGGUGCAAGGAGAGGUCCACCAAGGCACAGGAUUCAAAGUCACCUCUGGACCGCGUUUUCCUUCGUUGCGCACAUCGAAUAUAUCCGGGGCUGAAAGAGGAGGGCUCGGUUCUCGGUGGAGCAACGCAGAGGGUAACGAGCUCGGAGAUUGGGUAUGCUGGCUCUCCAUCCAGGGAAUUGCUCACCAGAGGAUGUAGUAUCGACUCUGUCGAUCGACCCUUUCAACCAAGUGACUGGGUAGAUGUUAAUCUCGAAGUACCGAAUACACCGAGAGCGAGCUCGGUCAUGACCAAUCACACGUUGGAUACGACACUCUAUCACACCGCAAGCCCAACAUCAAGUUACUCUAAUUUAAAAGACGUUACUCCAAUUCCACCACCGAGGAGUAAGAAGAAAAAUCGGAGACGGCCACUGCCACCAAAGCCCAGUGAGAGUUACGAGAGUUUAGAACCCGAAAUUGCUCCUAAGGAUUCAAAGGAGCCUCUUUACUCAUCUGUGAAAUUUCCCAAGAGUAGGACGAAGGAGAUUUAUGAGCAUAAGAUCAAUGGAAUAGGUCAGGUAAUUCCCAGUGCUAUUGUAUCCGGCUGGAAAUCCGCGGAGAGACUCUCUAGUCACGAAAAAACUUCCAUCAAAUCGAAAACUUUAAGCAGCGUUAGUCUCCCGAAUUAUCACGAACUCGAGACAUCGCGAUGCGAAGAUGAGCACCAAAAAUCAUCAGAAGAAAGGCAAACUUCCCGUCUUGAUCAGUUUACGGACUUGCCAGUCGAUGGUUUAAGGAUAGAUAAAGGGAAAACUUCGACUCCGUUGAAGCAGGAUAUCAAGGAUGAGCCGCGAACACCCGUUAAAGUUGAUGGAUGGUUUUUGCAUCCUGACAAGGGAACGCGAUUUGAGGAUUCUCCAGGACCUGAGGAGAAUGAUGAGAGUGAAGGAGAAAUGAAGGAGGCUAAAAAUGGAACGAAAAAUAUGCAUACAAAUCCGUUUUUUGAGAUUCCGGUGGAUGAAAGUAAAAGAACGAAUUCUCUCAAUCGCCAUCGCGAGCCUCAAUCAACGAAAAACCUCCGUAGAUCCUUAUCAAACGACACUGAGCUUUUCGACAACUUUGAAGAUAGAAACACUCUAGCUUCCCUAUCUCAAUCAGACUCUUCACUACGAGUGCUAACCCGAUCAAUAUCCGAAGAGUCAUUUCCAAGUGCUCUGAUGGAGGAUCCAGAUGAGGUUGACUUUUUCGAGGACAAAGUCGUCAAGGAUACCAAGAACGAGAUAACCAAAAUACGUGAGGAAUUGGAGGCUGUUAAGAAUGAAGUUAAAACCCCUCCAUCCAGUCCAGAACCAAAGAUCAAGCCGGAGUUGCAGAGUAACGAUCACUCGACGCUUCUGAAAGUACUGAGGGACGAGGCUGAUGACAGCAAUUUGAGCUCAAUGACACCAAGUUUGACAGAGCUGGAGGCAGCACUCUCAGAUAUGCUGGAGAAGCAAGACGAGCAACUGGAGGUACCAGAAGACCGUCUCGAAGACAAACAAACUCCCGAGAAACCUUUAGAAAUUCCCAUCGAGCCGAAAAUAAUUCCUCUGAUUGUCGAGGAUACUCCCCCAGAGAUGGUGAGCAUCGAUUUAACUAACGGUACUGCCAUCAAUGGUUUCGAAAAAAUCAAUAAAAGUAAUCAAGACAUUGAAUCACCACCCAAGCCGAGCAGAUUGCACAGAAUCAUCCAGAAACCAUCCCCAGAGACUCCAGAUAAUGUACCCACCCCUCCCAGAAGGCGAAAUCGCAGUAGUUCAGGUGCUCUAAAUGACAGACUCAUUUGAUGAAACAAGAAGGAAAAAAACUUUUCUUCUGAAAAAAAAUAUUAUCACAAGUGCUUGUAAACAAAGUGGCGUUCUCGGUGAAUCCCGAGGAUUUUCAGAUGGAAAACGAGAGACGAGCAAGAAAAUAAAAUACGUUUUUCGGUGAAGUUCCUCGAUGGUUCUGUCGAGCACUCGUGAGAGUAAUCGUACAAAACUUCUCGGCUCGUAUGUGCUGGAGGAAGACAGCAAAUGAGUGUACGGAAAAGCGAUGUUCUCCCUCCACCCCUUCUGUUACCCAACUUUUUAACGAACGUACUGUGCCGAGUCACGCGGGAAAACUACCUCACCAUUGAAAAAGGAAGUAUGAGUUGUGAGUGAGAUAAAUUCAGUGAAAAAACCCCCUUCAUCGUUGCUAUUACCGCGAAAAUAAAACAAUAAUAAUGAAGGAGCGAAGGAUCCUCGAGUGGCUGGAGCAGUCAAAUUCAUUCUUUCAUUGGGGAUUACUUUGUAUGAAAUGAAGAUAAAGAACGAAAAGAUGGUUGUAACAUAGGUUGUAUGCUGUAGGAUUCCAAAUUUAAGGUUUUACGAACUUUGAUUGAUGAUAACUCUUCGGAAAAGAAUCUCAGAAAAUAAAACAAAAUGUUCUGCCAAGA